UGUUGUUCUGCUGGAUCUUGUCAGCAGAAGUGAGAACCACGGAGAGACUCCGGCCGGAAGACGCUUGCGAGGAAAACUCUGUCGCGGCGUCUGAGCGUUCAGAGAAGCUUACCCCAAACCCUUACGUACCUCAAGCAGGAAAAAAAUUCAUUACUGCCAACAGUUGGACGGCAUAAUCACCACCGGUGGAGUUAGCGCCGCGUCAAGCCGGGCAAGCUCUCAGCGCCGUGGAGGUGAAGGUGGACAGCGGUAACGCCCGGUGAAGGGCGGGAGUGGUUGGGAAACGUUCCUGAAGAUUCUCCGUAGACAGGACAUCGGCGAGGAGGCGGGUAGCUGGAGAAAUAGCCAAGAUCUACGGUGAGAUAUGCUGGUAGAGAAGCGAGGGUUGUGCCUUUUUCAUUCCAUAGCCUCUGGAGAAGAUCAAGUGUUCUGCAGCACAAGUUACUGCUCAAGCUCAUCUCCUCCACAACCUCUCCACCUUUCUCCUCCACCACUCCCACCACUCCAAGGAGUGGGAAACUAAGUAUGUGAGUAUACUAUAUGGAGGAAAUGCAUACUGAA